CUCCGCGCUUCCUGCCUUUGCUGAGGGACGCUGCUGACGGCUGGGAGGACGACCGGAGAGACCAGAAAGCUUUCAGGGGAGAGAAGAGAGUGGGAAUCGGCCCCGGGGUUUGCACCGUCCUUCGGGGGUCAAAAAAAAGAAACACCUGCAAACAUUUCCCGUUUCUGCCAGAUUCGUCUCCGUCAUCGGCGCAGAAAAAUGUCGACCAGUCGUCAGCUUAGCGAGUGCAGGGCCAUCCCGACCAGGACGGUGUUGAUCAACGACACAACGCAGCUACCUCAUGACUAUUGCACCACCCCCGGAGGCACUUUAUUCUCCACCACUCCCGGGGGGACCCGAAUCAUCUAUGAUCGCAAGUUCCUGCUUGACAGGCGUAAUUCCCCCAUUGCCCAGACUCCCCCGGCUCACCUGCCCGUCAUCCCUGGAGUGACGAGCCAAAAUGUCCUGAGAGAGAACAAGAAGAACGAAGCCAACAAGCACAUCAUCAAACAUGACGGCAAACCUGCAACCGGGGAUGAUGCUCAGUUUGAAAUGGACAUCUAACAGACUGGAGACACACCAGCACGAAGCAAAUGACCUGGCAUCCCCACGUGCCAGUGGCUUGGCUUGUAGAAACCAAUGUUGUGAGCCCUCACGGCAGCCAUCUUCUUUAGCUCUCUGUCUCGCAGCUGAAUGUAAUGUUUGUAAACCACGGGGAUUCUGCGUGUCACGCAUACGUCUACUCUGGAAAUCAUGUUUAUUUGUAUAGAUCUCCAUGGUUACCAGUUGCUGUACAAACCACACAAUGAGGAAGCCGGCCUGAAUAUUCUGUACCCAGACACUUGGUCCAAUUAGCAGAUUGCAGCGCUCGUCUUCCAGCUUUCUGUGAGCGGAGCACACUAUGAAACUGACGUUAAUUGAAAGAGGAAGCACUGGCCUUGGAAUCAAUCAAAAUCUUUGAUAUUCAUCAUGGUUUUGUUUUAAGAACCCUUGACAACUUGUUUAAGGGAUUUUAUUGUCUUUUUUUCUGAAUGACUUGAAAAACCCCACAAUCUAAAAAUUGAUUGUUCAGUCAGUUAAGUUUCCUGUGAAGGAAUGCAAAGGGAUGUGCUUUUUGUUUUUAUUCUGUGAUUAGGUGAAAAUGCCUUUCCAAUAUUUCAAUUCCCAUUUCCAACAAAAGCCUUCCAACUUUUUCAAAUUAAUCUUAUAUUUUGUUGUCAUCAAAUUAUUGUCUUUCCUAUUAUCACUUGAAUCUAAUUAUAAACCUCGUAAUUAAAAACAAGAUUUUCAAUGGCAAUUAACUUUCAGAACAGCAUAACAAUAUCGCUAAUGUGACCUUCAUAGAAACUGUGUUUACACCUUCCUCUUCCUGAGAAAAGUCAAUUCACUUUCCCUUAUUGACACUUUUUGUUCAUGAUUGGAUCAAUUAAAGAAAUUAGGUUUUACUCUGCAACAUCAGGUGUUUAUUAUUAUCCAGACCAGAUCAAUAAUUAGAUUGUGGAAAGGGUUAAUAUCACGAUAGCAUUUUUCAGGUGAAAAAUAAGAUUUUUGAAAAUUGUCUUAUAUGCAUUCUUAUUUUUUUACGCAAUUUCUGGGUGUUGAGGUUAAUUACUUGGGCAUCAUCAGCAAUGUCGAGCCUUUGGAUGACGUGUCAAUGAACCAGAAGACAUUGUUUACAUCAGGUUCCCCGUGUCCUCGACCCGCCGGACAUCACCCUAUUCCUCCAAUGUGUCACGUCUGUCCAUGCCUUACUUUACAUCAAAUGCAGUAACUACAAUUAGGUUCCUAGCCAUCGAGUUGUAUUUUCCAACAGAUGUUUAUUUUUUCACUGUGACAGUAACAUUGUUCUUGGCAAUUUGGCAAAGCAAAUAAGUUUUAUUUAUUUUUUUUUUUAAUAAUUCUUCCUUCCUCCAGCAGGUGUGAAGUUGUGAGUGGCAGCACACAUUUCAUUUGGGGAUUCUGGAGUUCAGAUAGCGAUGGUUUAAAGAACUCCAUGAGCUCAUUUAGUCUAAAUUCCUUUCCUAAAGUUUGUUUGCUUGUGUUACACCAUCAUAGACACAUUCCCGUCUGUUAAUUGUCCAAGCAACAUUUCUUCACUUGGAAAAUCAAUCACCAUGAAGUUUUUUUACUCAAAACACCAGUUAGUUUCUUUAAACGAGGGGAACCAGUGACUGGCUCAAAGGAUGUCUAUCAAAGGUUUUCUUCUUUUUCUUUUUGGCUACGUAUUUUAUUCUGGCCUCGUUUCGUGAACACUACAUUCAGGGGUUGCUUGAACCCAAUUUGCGUUAAACAUUUUGGCAACAUUUGGCAGCAUUAUAAUUCAGAUUGCAGAUUCAUUUCAAGUCAGUUUGGUUUGGCAAUGAGGGCUUAACAUUGUGUGUUGAAGGUGAUUUGCACCAAAACUUACUGUAACUUUCUGCUCUUAUUUCAAGUACCUUAUUUUAAAUGAAACUCCAAUGCCAGUGGACUCUGUUGCUGCAAGAUCAAUAAAGUUCUGUAACAAAGUAAA